AUGACCAUGCACUACGUCGUUGACUCUGACACUUUAUCGUCGUCUUGCGCGGAUGCGCCCACCGACAUCUCUGGACCCGUCCUCAUAGUCCUUCCCACCGACAAACCCGCCUGCCUAGCAUGCGACGCAAAUGGUAAGGUGUUUGCUAGCGAUCUAGAAAACAUUGUCGACGGCGACGCUGCAACCGCCGAACCGCAUGAUGUGCGUCAGGUGUUUGUCGCGACUCGCGUCGCAGGUACUGAGCAGUUAAGUUUGAAAGGCCACCACGGCAGAUACCUUAGCUGCGACAAGUUUGGCGUCUUGAGCGCGACUGCAACGGCAAUUUCCCCAGAAGAAACCUUUCUCGCCGUCCCCGUGCCCGACAAUGCCUCUGCAUUUUCGCUCCAAACUGCACGCGACAAGUUUGUCAGCGCUCGCGACUCCAAGGCUGGCCCCGAGCUACGCGGCGACACAGAACAUAUUGACUUCACAACUACGCUGCGUAUACGCAUGCAGGCGCGAUUCAAGCCGCGCCUCAAGGCAAACAAGGAAGAAAAGGCAAAUGUCAAGAUUAGCCGCAAGGAGCUAGAAGACCAAAUCGGGCGCCGUUUGGAUGAUGCCGAAGUCAAGAAGUUGCGCAGAGCAAGGGCCCAAGGAAACUUUUACGAGACUGCCUUGGACAUGAAGGUCAAGUCCAGUCACGACAAGUAUGCCAGUAUGUGA